GAAAUUUGAAAGGUGAGAGGCUGAAAGCAUCUUUGGUAAGCAGGAGAUGGGACUCUCCACGUACAUCAGCCUCUGUUGCCUUGGAAUCUUGAUUACUAACCCUUUUUUGGGAGCCAAAGCUGCGUCAUGCCCCAGAAACUGGCUGCAGAAACAGGGGAACUGCUAUGGAUAUUUUGAUGAGAAACUAAGUUGGGAUGAAGCUGAGUUUGAGUGCCAGACCUUUGGUCCUGGAAGUCAUCUCGCCUCUAUCCUCAGCACCCAAGAGUCUGCACUAAUGUCUGUAUACAUCAAAGACAAACAGAAAUCACUUAGCCAUGUCUGGAUAGGACUCCGUGAUAUCUCUGGACAACAGAGAAGGCGAUGGAGAUGGGCUGAUGAAUCUACCUACAACUAUAAAGCCUGGCUGCUUUACCAGCCAGACAACAGACAAAAGAAUGAGCACUGUGUGGAGGUGACAUAUUUUUCAGAUUUUAAAUUGUGGAACGAUGGGAAAUGUACCAAUAAAAAUGCUUACAUCUGUAAGUACCAGCUGUAGAGCCAUCUGGAGGAAGGCAGCUGGGAUGCAACCAGAACCAAAAUACCUACAAAAUACCUACAAAUUUGAUCAGCAUCCUGUUGAUUUUCCUGCUUUUGAUCAGAUUUUUCUCUAUUCCUAUGUAAACUUUCCUCUUAGGACAGACAACAACCCCAUUACCCUAUUCUCCUCCUUUUUCUCAAUGGAAAUAUAGUAUAAAUAA